CCACUACUGCUGACGAACUGGCAGCUUCAUCAUCAAUCCAACCGACUCCCCUCCUCCUACUACCAUCGCGCCCGGCGAAAUCGCGACGAAACUUGCCAAGCCCUAUUCUCCCGUUAUAAUUAUGGCCGACCAAGGCGGAUCGCAACACGGCAUAGCCCGCACGUCGCGUGUGCGCACCGAGGAGCAGAGGCAGCGCGACCUUGAACGCAUCGCCAAAUACCGCGAGCUCGAGGAUCAAGUGCGCGCGCACAUCGGCCGGGCCGAGUACACCCCCGAAGUCUUCCAACUCACGUCCAAGCUCUUGCGCCUCAAUCCGGAGUACUACACGAUAUGGAACGCCCGCAGGCGCUGCCUAAUCUCUGGCUCAUUCUCAAGACCAUCGGCUGGGUCAUCAUGCUCGAGGGCGUCCUCGAGUACUUCUCCUUCCGCCACUACAGCACCCUCUUCCACCAGCUCCUCGUCGUCUUCCUCGGCCGCGACCCAUCCCGCCCCCGGCUCCCCGACAGCUGGGAGGAGUGGUACAACAGCUGACCCGGCAGCGACCACCGCGACGGCAUCGAAUCCCGCUCAGAAUGAAGAACCCUCCGCAGCCGAAGCACAGGACCUCUCCAUCAUCAAGUCCGAGCUCACAUUCACCAUCCCGCUCCUGCUCGAGUCCCCAAAAUGCUACUGGAUCUGGAGCUACCGGCUGUGGAUCCUCCAGCAGGCCAUCGCGCGGCUGCGCCCGGCCCUGGCCCGUAGAAUAUGGGAGGAAGAGCUGGGCCUCGCGUCCAAGAUGCUGGGCAAGGACCGGCGCAACUUCCACGCCUGGGGCUACCGCCGGCACGUGGUCCAGCAGCUCGAGAGCGCCACCCUGGAGGGGAGCAGCAUGGUCGAGGCCGAGUUCGCUUAUACGGACAAGAUGAUCUUCAACACGGACCUCUCCAACUUCUCGGCGUGGCACAGCCGGAGCAAGCUGAUCCCGCGCUUGCUGGACGAGAGAGGCGCGGAUGAGGCGGCAAGGCGCGCGUUCCUGGAUAAAGAAUUAUCCCAGAUCCGCAACGCCCUCAACGUGGGGCCCGAGGACCAGUCGCUAUGGUACUAUCACCAAUUCUUGAUCCUCAACAUCGUCGAGCCGGAGAAGCACCCCUCCAUGACGCGCGGCUUCACCCGCGAAGACCGUGUGGCAUAUCUGAGGCGGGAGAUUGACGAGAUCAAGGACCUGCUGGAGGAUUACGAGGAUGUCAAGCUGAGCUACGAGGGGCUGUUCGAGUAUACGCUGUAUCUGUGCCAGCUCGAGGAGCGACAGCCGGAUGAGACUGAGCGGGCGGAUCUUGCAGCGUGGCUCGGCAAGCUGAAGCAGCUCGAUCCAAUGCGGAACGGGAGGUGGGCGGACCUGGAGAGGGAUUGCAGGCUCAAGGAUCAAUGAGCUUUUUGUUUAAUCUAGUCUUGGGCUGUCACGAUCACGACGAGAGAAUGAACGGUGCGGUCGUAACUCGGGAGAUCCCCCCCGU